AGUUUGGAAUUAAUGGGCAAUAAGCAAAUUUGGAAUUGAUGUUUUCUCCUCUUCCUACCGGGAGGGCAGCAUUUGAGAAGGAUCAUAACUUUUAUAAAUUUAUAACUUGAAACUCCGAGGCCAGCAGUAGGCCACGUUUAUAUAAUUUCAGGAGACGCUCGGCACUUCACAUUCUAGUUUGACGCAGCGCCCAGAAGGGUAGUACGUAUCAGCGCGUCGUACAUCCCGGAUCAUGAGAAGCGUUAACGGAGACGACAAAGAUAAGAAUGGCGACCUCAGUCAGCCCCUGUUGCCAGAGUGUUCGCUCAAGGAUGGGUCCCCGAGUCAAGAAGAUAAACUCGGAACUAAGGUGUGGAUCGAAUCCAAGAAGCUAUGGCUGAUCGUGGGUCCCUCCAUCCUCAGCCGCGUGGCGUCAUUCACCAUGAACGUCGUCACCCAAGCCUUCGCGGGUCAUCUCGGAGAUGUUCAGCUCGCUUCCAUUUCCAUCGCCAACACCGUCAUCGUCGGCUUCAACUUCGGCCUCCUGCUCGGGAUGGCCAGCGCGUUGGAGACACUGUGCGGGCAAGCGUUCGGGGCAAAGAGAUAUCACAUGCUGGGGAUAUACAUGCAAAGGUCUUGGAUAGUCCUGUUUGUGUGUUGCUUCUUGCUGUUGCCGCUGUACGUGUUUGCGACCCCUAUUCUGAGAUUGUUAGGACAGCCAGAUGAUGUGGCGGUGGAGUCCGGCGUGGUGGCUUUGUGGCUCAUACCCUUGCACUUCAGUUUUGCGUUUCAGUUCCCACUUCAAAGGUUCCUACAGUGCCAGCUUAAGACCUAUAUCAUUGCCUGGGUUUCAUUGGCGGGUCUGGUGGUCAAUGUGCUCACCAGCUGGCUGCUCGUAUACGUUUGGGAUGUUGGAGUGGUGGGUGCGGCCAUUGCUCUGGACCUUUCCUGGUGGGUACUGGUGUUCGGCAUGUAUGGCUAUGUGGCUUGCGGUGGCUGCCCUCUGACCUGGACGGGUCUCUCCAUGGAAGCCUUCUCAGGGCUCUAUGAAUUUCUCAAGCUCUCUGCCGCUUCCGGGGUCAUGCUCUGUUUGGAGAACUGGUACUAUAGGAUACUCAUACUGAUGACGGGACACCUGAAGAAUGCCACAGUUGCCGUAGAUGCGCUGUCAAUAUGUAUGACUAUAAACGGAUGGGAAAUGAUGAUUCCUCUUGCUUUCUUCGCCGGUACCGGGGUAAGGGUGGCGAACGAGCUCGGAGCUGGGAACGGGAAAGCGGCAAAGUUUGCGACCCAAGUAUCGGUUGCAGAAUCAACAGUGAUAGGGGUGUUCUUCUGCGCAGUGAUAAUGGGAUUUCACGACCAGCUUGCCUACAUGUUCACAUCCAGUUCAGAGGUACUUGAAGCAGUCAAUGGCAUGGCUUUCCUCUUAGCCGCGACCAUACUUCUCAACAGCGUCCAACCAGUCUUGUCAGGGGUGGCUGUUGGUUCCGGAUGGCAAACAUCAGUAGCGUAUAUAAAUUUAGGCUGCUACUACGUUGUUGGGCUCCCUCUUGGAUUUCUUAUGGGAUGGGUUUUCAAGCUUGGUGUCGAGGGCAUUUGGGGGGGGAUGAUAUUCGGUGGGACGGGGAUUCAGACGCUCGUACUCAUCUUCAUAACAGCAAGAUGUGAUUGGGACAAGGAGGCCAGGACGGCGAGCUCCAGAGUGAAAAAGUGGUCCACUCCUAGCCCCAAUGAUUCAAUAGACGUCUCCCAUUCACCCCGACCGUAAAAAGUCUCCUGGAGUGAACAAUUAAUUGCACUGUUCCUGUGAUUGCAUUCUUGAUUUUGUUGUCGAGAUAAAGUUGUACUCUUAUUUUUGCUGUUAAUGAUCGGUACAUACAUUGAUAAACAGGGACGGGGGAACAGAGUAUUCGAGAAGGAACGGGAUGACAAGAGAGUGCAAAUUGCUUUCUUCUUUCAUUCUCAUCCAACAUUGAUCUCCUAUCGUUACAUCUUAGUUUUCUAAUACAAAUUAGCUAGUGAUUUGUUGUCUA